AUGCGGAUUGACAAGACGGGUGGUAUCUCGUCCGUCGAUCAACUUUCCGAUGACGAUUCAGCCAAAAUAGGCGGCUUGCCUCCGUCCGGUACGGCCCUGCGCAAGAGCAAGAGCAAGCUGAGUCUGCUCUUCUCGAAGCGAUCGAGGGCGCAGCUGCGCGAGCAGAUCAACAGCAAUAGCAACGGGUCUUCGCCGACGUCGCCGACAUCGCACGACAGCUUGUAUCAGGACGUGUCUUCGGUCCCUUCGCCGACUGAAUUGUUUGCCGUGUCGAGUUUGGCGACGUCUCAAGCGAUGGUGCCCCGGGUUUCGAUCGAUUCCAACCCCUCGCCGGGCGCCUACGCCUUCUCGUCCCCAACCUCGUCCUCGUCCUCGAGCAAGCCUCACGCCGUCUUUGCAGACGAAGCUCAUUCGUCCGACGAUGCUUCGGAUAGCGACAACGAGGCCGAUGACGUAGAAACGACCGCGAAACCAACAUUGUCUGCGCCGUCCCAUUUGCUAGACAGCGACCUGCGCAAUAGUCUCGCCAUGCUCGACUACCAGCUCGCCUCGCUUGAGUGCAUUGGGUUCCCAACUCGCGCUUCUUUCGUGCUCGCGACCCCGUCGAAUCUGGAUGAAGAGUUGGCUCGACACGAGCAGGACGCCCAGGAAACGCUCAGUGACGAAAGCGGACACGACGCUGACAGCGCACAGGAGCAGGGCAGUGCGACGCUCGACAUGAGGAAUUUGCAGCCGUCGUCGUUAAAUGAGUUCCCGCUAAACCGCGUCUCGCUCGGCCCGAGGGGACUCGAUUGGAAGACGUACAACUUUGCUGAGUUGAUGGCCACCAAUCCAAACAGCGAAGGGGCGGUAGUAGUGAGUUUGCUCGGCUCGCCCAGUCUGCCUGAUGCGGGCCCAUGCUGAUUCUGCGAGCGCCGAACUCACAGCGGCCCGCUCAAUCCGAAACGCUCGCAUCUGUUGCUUCUCUCGUCAAGAGCGCGUCCGUCUCAAGCAUCAACUCGUCCAAGUCGAACGAUUCGGACGAGUUUGACAUCUCCGACUUUCCCUCGUUCCGGGACCUGGCGUCCUACGCGGACAACGAAGCCUCUUCGAGCGACGAAGAAUUGCACAGGCGGGUCACUUCGGCCGUAUCGGACGCGACCAGGCGCUCGAGUAACCUCUUGUCGUUCCCCAUCCCACCCAUCGAGGCGCUCUCCGCGCCAGAUACGCCGACUAUUGUCGAGGAGGAUGAGCUCGCUGCCCAAGCGACCAAGGCCGACUUGGCGAUGGACCGUUUCAGCAAACUACCCGUUGUCGAAACGACGGAAGAUGGGGAAGAGGUCAGAGGUCUCGGAUUGUACGAUUCACGCAACGCCGAUUCAAAUGGACCCCCUCACCCACCCCCAACGACCUCCCUUCCGCUGUCCAAGGCCUCGUUCGAAACGAAUUCGGGCGACAACAGCUUUGACGGCGAUGAGCUCCCCAGUGAUCACUCGUCGACCUACACUCGCUCGAGCAAUGACGCCUCGACUGCGGCCAGCUCGACGCCAGAUUUCACGAGCUCGCUAUCCAGGACGGACCACACGAUGUUCAACUUUUCGAUGCCGACGUCGCCUGCUUCCGCUUACGGCAAUGAGGUCAAGAAGUCCGAGCCCGAAAAGGACCUGCCAGCCGCAGGUCCCAUUCCGUUCCCGACGAUGGACGUCGAGGAACCCCUGGUGGACCUCGGCCUUGCCUUGCCCAUCGAGCUUAAGGACGAAGACGUUGUUUCCGAUGCGACUGAGCCUGAGCCUGCGACUAUCGCCGUCCCAACUCACGCCAAGCAAGCGUCGGUGUCUACAUUGACGCCAGCCGGCGCUGUUCGCCUGGCCGAUGCUCCCCCUCCCGUCGAGCUGAUCGCCGAGGAGAAAGAAACCGUCACGGCUGUCCCCGCUCGCCGAGGCUUUUCCUUGAUGCGCAGGAGGAAGAGUGAGAUGAAUCUGGCUCCCGCCAAGACACGCACCAGCAGUGGAUCGGUACCGAUUGUUCGCUUGCUGCGCAAGUCGUUUUCGACCUCGAAGCUCUCCAAGGUCGCUUCGACUCAGGCGCAGGUCGAGCCUGAUCCCGUCCCCGUCCUCGCCCCUGUUCCGGCCGGCAUUGCCCUUGAGCUGGAGCCUUCCUCUGGUGCGAUUGCAACCAACACUGCCCCGCCGCCGAUCGCCAAGGACAACCUGCCCACUCCCAACCCGGUCGAAAAGCCUGUCCCGGCCUUGCCCGUCUCGACCCCCGUCCGCGUCGAGCAGGUACCCAAGGGUCUCCGUAACUCGGCUUCCCACAAGCGUCUGUCGAUGUACCUACCCCAGAUCUUCGGUCGCAAAGAGGACGUACCCCCAGUCCCCACGCUCAGACUGCCGCUUUCGGCCCCACCGACGAUGACAAGGUUCAGCGAGGAUCUGCCGCGCAGCCCUACGCAGCUCAAUGCACCCGAGUCGAGCAGGUCUGAGGACGUUGAUGUGUUCUCAACGGCUCUCUCGUCGCCUGCUCUGUCAUCACCUGCGCUCAGCGACGUCGAACCGAUGCUUCCCGCUACGCUGGACUCGAAGGUGUCCACCGCAACAGAAGCCGAGUUAUCCGACGACAGCGGAUCGUCUACCCCGAACCCAGCCGAGUUCACCCAAGCGCGAGAAGAUGCCACUCCGAGCCCGACCAUGACGCUCAACUCGGACAAGCUGUCGCUCGAGGCGUUCCUCGAUACGUCGCCCAAUUCGCGCGCCGACAUGGUCAAAGCGCCCGCACGCUCCUCGUCAAUUUUCGCCACUAGUAACAAUGUCUUCCCCGUCGUGGCGUCUGCGUCUACUUUGGCGGCCGACGGUAGAUCGGACGGACUCGAUGAUCAGGUUACGGCUCCCGCAACUCGCUCUUCGACUCCUUCAGUUGAGGAGACCGAAAUGGAAUCGUUGACGUCGCCUCUCCGAUUCUCCAAGGUUGGGAAGAGCAACACUCUGACGCCGGAGAUCGUCCUCGCUCCGGCCUACGACGACGGUGCCGCCAUCGUACAGCCGCCGGAGAACAACGCCCUCGUGGUGCUCGACGCUGAUAGUGAUGAGGACGACCAACCCCUAGGCAACUUGCCCGGUGCACUCUCGGCGCAAAAGUCCCUUCAAGCUUCUGUCCGAGGAGACGACCCGCAGCCACUCGAGGAGAACUCCGCACGGACCUCGCCUACUUUACCGCAGGACGAUGUCGUCGCGACCGAGACAAUUGGCCACUCCCUACUCCCGCAGACCGACGAGGCCGUCGAACGUCGCAAUUCUGCUGGCAUCGUUCGUCCAUGCUCGACUCCGCUUGACCCUCUGGUGGCAGAUUCGUCCUUGGAAUUCGACUCGCCUACCAGCCCGACAGUUGCUCUAGAUGAGGAAGGAUUGGUCUUGCCCGUUGAAUCAAACUCCUCGGCUUUGGCACCUUCGGACCACGUUCGCCCCGCGCUCUCGAUCGACACUGAACAAGGUGUUUCCUCCAAUUUGGCCGUCGUCGGGUCUCAAGCCCGAGCUCGAUCACCUUCGGUCAGCCGCGCCGAAACCGCGACACCUCCGUUGAUUCGUCGAGGCAGCGACGUGAGUAGCCGAGCUUCAUCGUCGCCGUCUUCUUCGAGCAUCCUGCGCCCAACGGCACGCCUCGCGGAUAGCGAGCGCAAGAUUGCUCCUUCAUCCCCUCUAUCCCGAUCGGUGAAUGCCGCUUCGGGUUCUACGACCGUCGUCCGCGCCGGUCCCAGUGCCGGGCCCGUCAAGGAACAUCGCAUCUACAUCCGCGACGACACGCAAAUGCACAUCAUCGUCCAAUGCGGCCCCAUGACGGCAUGCGGUGAGAUCGUCGAGACGGCGCGUUGCCAAGGCUUGCUCGCUUCGGGCAGUGAUAUGGAAGGAGGGUUCUCCCUUUGGGAGGUGUGCAAGCAAUUGGGUCUCGAGCGACCUAUCCGCGAGUACGAGUUAGUUGCGGACGUGCUCAAGACGUGGGAACACGAGUCCAACUACUUGUGUGUAAGACGGAGUACGCUGUGGCCUCUGCUUUCCCCUAGUGUGAGUUCUGUCGUGCCAUCCGCAGCGCAUCGCGUCGCGUCGACAGGAGCUGACCAGCCGUUUUCCUCCUUAUUUAUUAGCUCCGACCUCAACCGCUUGUACCUCGAGGGGACACCGUUCAACUCGAGCUCCCCAAUCGCAAGUGGACAAAGCGCUACGUCGAAGUCCGUGACGGCAUCGUCACGCACGCCAAGUCCGAGAAAGCCAAAGACUCCUCCCUCCUCUGCCGCCUCGCGACCUCCGAAAUCUUUUACGUCAUGUCCUCAACCUCGCAAGCGAGAAAAGCCCCGAAACCGUUCUGCUUUGCUCUCAAGUCCAAGCUGCCUCGUGCGCAGUUCGAGGAUGAGGGUGAAUAUUGCCAUUUCGUGAGCGUCAAAACGAACGAUGAGUUGGCGAUGUGGAUGAAGACCAUCACUGAGGCACGAGUGAGUGCUGGUCCCUUCCCUCAGGAAGCGAAGGAGCCAGGAUUGCUGACUCAACGCCUGCAAUGACCCUACAGAACGUGUUUGAGCGCCAGAACGUUACUCUGCCCGUAUCCCCGAUCCCCCGCUCUCCCCUCGCCGGACGCCCCCCCAUGACCCCCUUAUCAGCCACCAGAUCCUCGUCCUACCGACCCGUCCCUCCCAUCCUCGCCGUCGUCCCUCCUUCCCUCUCCAGUUCAACCAAUUCGAAAAUGUCGAUCAGCCCCAGGAGUCCUCCAGGUGUUCAUUCUUCCUCAACCUUCUCGUCGUCUCCCCGACCGGACGCAAUGACUUGGGCUUCGAUGAACCCCCAGGCGAGGGCAACGUGGUUGAAGGCGAAUGAUCAGAAUCAAAAUCGGAAUACGUUGUUGGAUGUGGAUGGGAGGUAG